AUGCUGCCGAGCAGCAAGGGGGGUGGUGAGGUACGCGGAUUGCCUUGGGACGUCACAGCCCUGCCUGUAAAAGCCGGCCCCUGCGAAGAAGUGUUUCGGAUGACUAAGCAACUUUCUUGGUCGGUGUCCACUGCAGUGGCGGACCCUAGCUUCACUUACAGCAACUCAUCUCAUCUUUCAUCAUUCAUUCAUUCGCUCACUCACAACGGGCCAUAUCUGACACGGUCACCAGCGCAUUUGACGCUUUUCCAAACCGACCUCACAACCAAUCCAGAACAGCAAUACCGAUUCUUCACAUCAGACAAAAUGGUCUGCGGAAAAUGCCAAAAACUCAGCUCAACCACACUAGCCACGCCGGGCGUCAAGAAGAAGAGUGAGAUGUACUACGGCUCAGCCGCCUCAUCAUCAGCAUCGUCGUCCAAAUCAGCCACCCUCGGGCAGAACGGCAUUUCCAAGAGCAAGCUGCUGUCCAAAGCGGCGAAGAACCCAUAUGCUCAGUAUUCGAGUUCUUGCACGCAAUGCAAGACCAAGGUAAACCAAGGGCACACCUAUUGCCACAAGUGCGCAUACAAGGCAGCUGCCUGCGCCGUGUGUGGUAAGCCAGAAAAGAAAAAGUCAGCAGCAGCGCCAAUUGUGGAUGGCACCAAGAGGUCUCUGAAGUAA